CCCCGACUAGAUUUCCGCAAACAUAUGAACAUCGGUAAGCACUGUGAUCGUCAAUAUGGCAUCGACAACCUCGAAUAUCGUUUUCGACGAUAUAUUCAACAUCAAUGCCAUAGAUAAGGAGGGCAAAAAAUUUGAUCGAGUUUCUAGACUGUAUGCACACUCAAAAAAUUAUGAUAUGGAUCUGACCUUGGACUAUAACAUCGAACUUUUCCCACUUGCCAAAGAUCAAAACUUCGCUCUCGCUCUUGCUACAUCUUUAUCGCGUGAUGGUGGAGGAGCUGGAGCCGGAGCUGACGGUGCAGAUGAUUCGGAAGGGAAAGAGAGAGAUCUCUGGAGACCGGAUGCCAAGCGGCAAGGAGGACUAGAUGAUGAUUAUGGCUAUGUUAUGUACGGCAAGGUGUACAAAUUUGACGGUGGAACAGCGGAAGUGGUGACCGCAUAUGCGUCAUUCGGUGGCCUGCUUAUGUCUCUUACAGGAUCAUUCCGGCAUAUGACGAACGUUGUUCUUGGGGAUCCAGUUUAUCUACUUAUGAGAAAGUAAUCUCGACUUGUCUUGGUAUAAAAAAACUCAACAAUAAGUGAUACGUGCAUAUAUCUUGUUAAC